AUGGCUAAUUCCACCUCAACUGGGAUUUUAAACACGACAGUGUCGCCCACGACAGAAAAAGGCUCAUUCAGUUUUACAAUUAAAUUGGUCUCCACUCUUCUGUUGAUCACUACCAUAAUCCUCACUCUCCUCGGAAACUCGCUCGUCAUCCGGGCAUUUAUUGUUUUCAGGAAGCUGCAAAAUGUGACGAACUACUUCGUGGUGUCCCUUGCGGUGACGGAUAUCUUAGUUGCGUUGUUUUCAAUGCCAGUAUGGACAGUGUACCUACUAACAGGUAUUUAACAUUACGGCAAAAGUUUCUCUUUUGUAUUUAGUCAGUAGCCCCGUUAUCUGGAGCGAGCAACGUCUCUGUACAUGUGUCCUGGCGUUUUCACGGACCAUUUAAUUUUUUAAAAUGAUUUUAGCGCGAAGUUUGUAUUUUAUUUUAUUAUUAUUUUUCAUUUCAGUUUUUUUUUUUUAUUUCAUUCUUUAUUGACUACAUAAAAUACAAAAUAGACAGAAGAGGAAAAAAGAAAUAAAAGCAAACUAACUAACGAACUAACGAACUAAUCAAGUUUGUGACAAUGAACAAUGAAUAAUGUCGAAUAGAUACGAAAACAGACACUUAUUAAAACAUUUCCUACACAACACUAAGCAAAAAAAUGCAAGACAAUAUAUAACUCUAACUUGAACUAAGUUAUUAUGACAAGCUAUAAUUUACCCAAGCAAUAGAAAAAAUAGAAAUAAAAUAUUUGAAAAAAUAUUCUUAGGAGAUAAACUGAACCACUUUCGUUUAAAGAAGUUUUUAGACGCGAAUUUAGGUUAUCUUUUCAGUCCUACAGUCCCACAAACCAGUCAGCAAAACCUACAGACGUUAACUUGCUACUUUUGCCUUUUAAUGACUUUUAGUUUGAUAUGUUAGACUUUGAUUGCGCUCAUAGAUGAAGCAAAGUUUUCAUUUUCGCGGGGAAAGUGCCAUAAAAUCUAUCUAACACUAAGUAAACUUUCGGGUGUAUUUGUAAUUGCUUAAAAUGGAAUUAACACUGCGAUGAUCAUAACAAUCUUUAUGUAAAAAUUUGUAUUUCCGCAUUUCACAUCAACUUCAUGUUUCAUUCCUUUCACGGGUAAAGAUGCUCCCUGAAAGUAUGGGUCUUCAUAGCCUAAUUGGCAGAGCACUGCAGCGCUAGCGCAGAGGCCAUGGGUUCGAAUCCCGCUGAAGUCCCGAAAUUAUUUUCGGGUUCAUUUGCAAUUGCUUAAAUUGCAAACAUCACUGCGAGAAUCAUAUCAACAUUUGAAAAUUUGUAUUUUUCCAGUUCACAUCGUCUUCAUAAAACUAGACCUGUCAGUGAAAAAGCCUUGACAUAGACCUAGGGUGAGAGUUGUUGACUCAGGGUUAUGGGCUCCUCAUUUAAUGAAUACACGUUUGACGAUAUCUAGAAAUGAGUUUUCUUUAAUGUAAGGUUGAACCUGAGUCGAACCUCAAUUUGUCAACACCUCUCACAAGCGACCAUCUCUCAUAAGCAAUCCCCAGUCCAAAAUCAGUUUCAACAGUCAAAGCACUUGGAUCAUAAUGACACAGAAAUUGUAAAAGACAGCAGGCAUUAUCUUUCCCUAGCCCUGAGAUACCAGCAGCUGAAGUCACUUUCAGAGACAAUAGAGGAAUGAAGCGGUUAGUUUCUAUUGAAACUGUCAAAACAUUGCAAUUGUUACCCUGGCCACAGAAUCCUAAUCAGACCAAAAGUCUUAAGGAGACAACAGAGUUAAGUGAGUGUAAGCAACUACGUUUUUGAACGGCGGACACACAUCAACCACAUUCUUUGAUUUCUUGGGCUGCGAGUUUGACCAAAAUUUUGGGCAAAUCGCAACUGACUUUGACAGUGAAGACCCUUAGGUAACAAUUUUGGUAGCGUCAAGGCAUAUUAACAGGGAAAAGAGUCAAAUUCCGGUUGACGUGGGUCGCUCAAAAACGUCUUUGUUUGAGCUCCCAUUAUCUUGUCCUCGCCCUGAGAUCCCUGCAGCUGACAAGUCUUCCACAGACAAUAGAGGAAUGAAGUGGUUGGUUUCUUACAGAAACUUUGUUUGAGUGAAGCACAAAAAUUUCGCUUUAUCAACUGAUUUGAUAACACGAUUUGAUAAAAUCAAUUGUCCACCAUUAAGUGGGUAGACUGGUUGUUUUUGAAGGAAAUGAUGUUGAUUUGGGAGGGAAAUAAAUUAGAGUAAAAGAGGUAUAAUACACGUAACCAGUUAAUCAACUGAUGGGCUCAGAGGCACCUUGAUGUGGUUGUGGACUAUCUGAUAUUUGUUUGUUUGCUUCAUAUUUUGAUUUUUAACAACCCCUAAAUCAGCCAAAUAUUUUCAUAUGUCUAAAAUUUUAAACAUCCCCUCCCCCAAUUUUUAUACAUUAAAAAAUAUUUGUAAAAAGUUAUUAAAGCAAGGACUCCAACAUAAUUGAGUCAUUUUUUGAUUGAAUGAAUUCUUGGCUAGAUAUUUAAGAAAAAGGGACGAAAAAUAGAAAAACAGUGUUUUUAACCAAACUGCCUCCUUAAAAAAAUCGAAAGCUAACGUUUCGAGCUGUAGCCUUUCGUUCAAAUAGGGACUCAACUUCACAAAUGGCCAGGACAAUUACGUCUAUCAUCCAUGAACUUCGUCAUUUAUAAACUGGAGUCAAUACUGUCGCUAAAGCGAUGAUGGUGUCAAAAUAGAUUCCAACCUCUUUUAAGCCUGCUCCGAGGGAAGAGUCGGGCUUUCGUAUAACAAUGACGGGGAUAUUCGUAGGAAGAUUAGAAUAAGACCCCAAGGAAUUGUGGUAUGAUGAAUUUUAUUAUUUUUAUUUAGGAAUUCCUUUAUGUACAACUCAAACUGAUAUCUUCAUUGAUAAAAGUAGUGUCUUUCCGUCCUGAAUAUCCUAAUUGGCACCAAAAUCUGCCUCUAGGCGAGACGACAACAAACCCGUAAUUUUCAUGAGGGAGUCACCCCCCUCCCACCACUCUGGGAAACGACCGGACAAAAUGCCAAGUUUAGAAUUUGCUGGUUGCUGGUAAUGUGGCUUUUUAAAUACUUAAGAAUAUGAGGAUAGGGAGGAGUGGGUGAGGGAGGGAGGUUAAAAAACAGUUGAACUCACUUUUAGCGGAGGGACUCCAUCUUUAAGUUGGACUGAUCGGAUUUAAGAUUGUUCAAGAAACUGCUUUGUUUUGCAGGACCGCACUGGCUGUUUUCGACGUGGUUUCACAGAAUCUGGCAGUCUAUGGAUAUCUUGUGCAGUGUUGCAUCCAUUACCCACCUUCUUCUCAUAAGCAUCGAACGUUACAUUUGCAUUUCAAGUCCGCUUACUUACCACAGCAUCGUCACGACGAGAAAAGCCCGGGUCGCCAUUUUUGUAGCGUGGCUCUUUGCGCUUGUUAUGACGAUCCUAAAACUAUUGUUCUGGGGAGGACCAACUAAGGUUUACCAGCUUACCAGUUUCGUACUGUGUUUCGCUACACCUGUCUUGGUUAUGAGCUACGCAUAUAUCAUGAUAUUCAGAGUUUCUCGCACGCAAGCCAAAAAAAUGAUCUUCAAAAUUGGCGAGAAGACUAAACGAUUCUGCCUUCCCAAGGAGCUGAAGGCUGCAAAGACGCUUGGAGUCGUAAUGGGAGCCUUUGUUUUAUGCUGGUUCCCGUUCUUCUUUCUUAACGUUUACCAUGCUUUGUGCCCGUGAGUAGAUGUUUUCUUUUCUUUCAAAUAUUUAAUGGAAUAGAAUGGUUACACGCUCGUCAGACUCCUUGAUUUGUUAUAUUUUUGCGAACUCGAAGGUGCUCAACGUUCAAUAGCAUUCCUAUCAUUUUGAUCUAAACUGGCUAAUAAAAGCGUUGCAUUAAUUUAUUCCGUCACAAUUUGUGCAAUCAGAAAGCAAAGGAUUGUGCACCGUCAGGGAGUUCCCAACGUAAACUGAAGCACUGUUGUUCUUAUCUUGAGAUUUGCCGGCUUUCACAACCAGUCUCCUUUACAGUUUAUAUGGAGAAAACCUAUCCUAGGUAGAAGGAUCAUCCCUCGCGUUCGUUAAAUUGCCAGUCUCGAUCUACAGCACUUAUGCUGCUGUUUCUCUUAGUUGGUAUGGAACGUCCUUCAGUCAAGAACCUUUACCGAAACUACGAGUACGAGGUUUGACUGAAAACUGUUUUCGUGUUCUGUAAAAAAAAAACACCCCGGAAUGCUUCAGUACAUUUUUUUUUUCACCAGAAUAGCUGGCACACAGUUACCUUUAUUGGGGGAUGUUAAUCUCUCUCCCGAUGCGGAUCGCAAAAUGGUAAAUCUUUUAACAUUUGAUAAGUUGUUUCCGUCACUACGAAAUCUUUGCUAAAACUCGUAGAUGAAUGACGACGGCUAUCCCACGGUUUUGCAGCCAAAAUGACACUGGUUCUCGCGCGAGUACUAUGCUUAGUAUUGAGAAUAUCUUGUACUCGUAGUAGUUCUUGUCUUAAAAUCUAAAGCUCUCUAAUGCAAGGAACUUAACCAACCAUUUUAUUUUACAUCGUAGCUCCUGUCCUAUAGAUGCAGGAGCUGUAAUGGUUGCUAAAGGUCUUCACUACUUCAACUCUGUUCUCAACCCGAUCAUCUACAGUCUGAUGAAUAAGCAGUUUAAGACCGCGUUCAAACAUCUCUUCUACUUGACGUACUCGAACUUGUCUGGCAGAGGUCCUGUGAUGACCAGAUUAGACGUCGAUAAGCAACUGUCAUUUACGUACUUCUCUUCCUUGAAAAGCAGAUCAUCUCUGCAAGAAAAAAGUAGAGCUGAAGAAAACAACUUGCCUCAAAGGGUAUAA